AUGCCGCCGCCGCAUGACCUCCAGGCGGAAUCGCUCCGCCAUGGCAGCGUACGGUAUGUGCUGGAAGUCGCUCCAUCGAUGCUGCGGGAGAGCGACGUCAUCAGCGACAUCUUGAUCGAGCGCAUUCGGUCCCAGGAAGACUCGGAAGAAGCAGUGAACGCGAUAUUACGGCUCAUGAGUCUACACCUUCAAUCCAACGCCCACAUCACGGAACAGCUAGUCGAGCUGCUCUUCACGUCCGACUACCGCCUGUGCAUCAUCAACCAUCUUCCCAAGUUGACAUACCAGUCCCACGAGUGCACUGCAAUGGUACUCGAUGCCUACCGCGACCUGUUGGAGUCAGACAGUACGCUCGUGGUACCCAUCUUGGGAUCCUUAGCAGAUAUGCCGCUCACCCCAGAUCAACAGAACGCUGUGGUGACCAUGACUCAAACGUUGAUGCUAAGCAUUGACGAAGUCGACAUUCCCGUAGUUGUUCGCGGGAUGCUUGCCAUGAUUACAUCUUCCAAUGGAGACACCCUCAUCGGAAGCAUUCGCGAGCAGUGUCUGGACUUGAAUACACACACGCUACUCCUUGUCGUCGAGGUCAUGGGCCCAUUCUUGCGCCAAGGAUCGCCGUCACUCAAGUACAUUCUCCGCGCCAUGCGCAACGCCGACAAGCUCACGCCUAUCGACGGUAUCUGGCUCGUCCUCCUCCACGCACAAGAUCCAAUCACAGCCUGGCAUGCCUUGACACGUCUGGGCCGCAAGUGCACCCAGACAUGGCUGGAAUCGACCGCUGACCUUGCCAUUCCAGCAUCCCUCGUCCAUCCGUUUAUCCAGUUUUGUUUGCUCGUCGUCCACAGCGGAUUUGCCAAGCCAACGCUGGCAUCGCUCAGACCGUAUCUCGUCGUCUCCGGCGUACGAACCGUCGCGUACGUCAUGGCUCACACCCCCCCAGGGUCUUCCGUCCAGCACGAAGCCCUUGCGACUCUACUCACAUUGACCACGCAAAGCCACAAGUUCACCUCGUCGACAAAACAGCAGGAGCUCCGAUGGCACGUCCCUCGCGCUGCGGCGAUCUGCAUCGCUGACGCCGUUGCAUGCCUUCCCCCAGCCUCAGGCCACGUCAUCCUUGACACGAUCUACAUUUUGAGUGCGGCCAACGACGUCGCGUUUCUCCACGUUGUGGACACACUCUGCUUCACGCUGGUCCAACUCGUGGCGCGCGAUCCGUCCGCGCUGUACGCGCUGGUCCUGCUGACCAUACAAAAGCACAUCCUUGGCCACCACACGACCUUUCAGAUCACGGCCAUGCUCCUGGCGUCGCAUUUGUCGUACGCCAACCAACUCGAGCCUCUCGAUGCCCGCGCCAUCACGGCGUGGAUGCAUCGGCUCUUCCACACCGCCCCACUCCAGAUGGUGUCGUUUAUCUGUGCCUACUUGAGCGUGCAACAAGACAACCGCGAGGCGGACGAAGCAAUCGGCCCGCUGCACAAGCGCAGCAGUGGCCUGGCUCUGCUUGUCCCGGCCCUCUUUCGUCGAGGCAUUGUGAGUGGCACUCCGUUGACAAAAAUGUCGACGUUCUCGGCCCAGAGUUUCCGUGUCGAUGUGACUCGAUUCGUGGCGACGCAUGUGUCCGACAGCGGCGACGUCAAGGUCGAAGCGCUCCAUGCUCUGCUCGACAUGGUGCAUUGCGUUGUGGUGCAUGCCAUGCGUGAGGCCGAGACGGAUGCAGACAAGUUGAUGUCGUUGGAAAAGUUCCUGCCUCCGGACGUCUCGAUCGACUCGAGGGAUGGAGGAGCGAGACCAACGAGUCCAGAGGACGACGUUGGCACGCGUCAAUGCCUCCUCAUGGUCGCCAUUGGCGUCUGCAACGGUCUGCACCCCCACGUCACUCUAAGCCCCCACGCAGAUGACCGCAACACACCGCUGUUCACCAAGCUCCAAACUCAGUUUCUUGUGGCGUACGCGUUAGCGACUGCGCUGGACAUGACGUCGACGUUGGUUGUUCUGAGCCAUCAAGCGGUGCUCGACCUAACGCAUGUCGUGCCAUAUCCAGCCAUCCAUGUGCUGCACCUCAUGCUGCAGCACCGUCCUGCCCACACUGCCAUGGCGUCGCCACACUCGACGCACAAGCCAUCCGUUCACAACGACAACGACGACCACCACCACUGGCAGCUCUACGGCACAUAUACCAACCUCCACGACCAUGUGGACAUGUACUUGCCGCACUUGCCGCACUGGAUGGCGCUCGUCCUCACAUAUGGCCACCACGAGCACCAGCCGACACACGCCGAGACACUUGUUCAACUGUACACGAUUCUUCGGCAGUUGCUGCUGGACUUUCCCGAGCACACGGACGCGAUUUUGGCGGCGCUGUCGUCGCGCAUCGACGCGUCGGCACGCUCGACGGUAUUUGAAUGGCUCCAUGAACAAGCCACCGAACAGCUUCAGGAUGCUCAAGCGAUCGUGGUUGUCCUGGAUUUGCAAGUGGCGGUCGCAGGACCGUCGACGGCGCUGCGCCACGAAACAGCGCGCCUCGCCCACUCUGUCGCAAAGCAUGUUUUUCCCGACGCCGCCCUCGACUUGGCCACGUGGAAACCACACAUCAGUCGACCGAUCGCAGCGACGACCGCACUCCAUCCGACUCCAGUGUCGCUCGACCUUCCGCCGUCGACGAACUCCCUCGCGAGCUCCACGUACUAUAUCCAUCACGCAGUUGUGACGGCGUACGCGCUGCACCCGACCCCAACGGUCUUCCUCAAAGAGAUCCUGGACGCGCUGUGCGACAUGAUCGAGACCCCGGACCGUUGCCAUCCCACGUACAGAAGUCUCACGCGCCACACGUUUCGGCUGCUGCUGACCACACAUUGGCAGUGUCUGCUGCACCACGUCCCAUCGCACGUACUCAUCCGCAUCGGGGAGCACGGCGACGACGCCUCGGUCCACGAGAAGAACCCGUUUGCACACGUUGUCAUGGGGUUUUCGCUCGUCGCAGACAGCUUUGCCGCGGUCCCCAAGGCCAUUCAAGCGAAUGUCGAUGUCGCGCUCGCGCCAAAGACGUACGUUUUUACAGUCCCAUGCUGGAUCUGGUCAUGUGGAACGGACUUGAGAGUGUCGUGUGGGUGUUUAUGUGUGGCGACAGGAUCGGGCUCAUGCUGAAAGCGUGCCAAGUCGUGUGCGAGCAAAUGGUGAAAGGCGUUGACCGAUGCCUCAAGUGGCGCCAGACGACUGCUUUGGACAAUCCGAACGGGGAUGUGCGCCACAUGAGCCCGGUGCUCCUCCAGAUGGACCUGGCGCUGGCCGAAAUGGAAAAGUAUGUGGUUACGGUGCAGCACCUGGCGCUGCAUCAGUGGAAGGCGGCGGCAAAGCCAGACAAGUCGAAGCUACAGAAGCUCGUGGACCAUCCGUCCAAAAAAUCCACCACCCCGGCUUUGCCCGCCGGACAAGUGAAGUUCAUCCCGCAAGUGCUGCGGUGGAUUCAACGGACACAGCUCUCCCUCGCCAAGACGCAACAACAGUAUUCGAUCCCGGUGGGGUCGGAUCUUGACUUGGCGGACAUGGUCGUGUGGCCCCGCGGCGGCUACGACUGGGAAUCGGGUCGGGAUCGUGGAGCGAUGUCCGACAGAUGGAGACACAUGACCACAUACGAAUACGACGAGGAAGAGAAGGAAGAGGUCGAGGAACACGACGGGCAAGACGACAACGGGCAAGACGACGAUGCCAACGACUACGGCGACCUGGAUGGAUUUUUCGCGUCCGUCACUCGAAAGACAACUGUCCAAGCGCUGCAAACGCCGCAAAAAGAGAAGAGGACCUCUGACUUGCACGACAACGACGCGUUCGGGUUUCCUUCCAUCGUUGUCGACUUCAAAGCCACCAAGAGAAGGACAACGAAGCCGUCUGUCGACCCUUAAUCAAACGCGAUUCCACACACACACUGUGGCAUGGAUAGGCUGUAGCAGUGUCGAAAGAGCAGCCCCUUGCGACCACGUUUCGACCAUGCGGGACUGGGCCGCCGCCAGGAACUCCCUCGCCCGUGUCGUACAAAAUAUGCAAAAAUGGAAUCGGUCAAAAUAUCGCG